AUGCCUAAUUACAAGUGUCCCUUGUGUGCUAAGUUCGUGAGCUUCUCCGACAAUGCCAAGUGCACCAAAUGUGGUCGCAUAUUCCAUCCAGAUUGCGCCAAAGGCUAUGAUCCCAAGUGCCAGAACUGGCUUUGUCACACUUGCACUACACCACCAGCUGCACUCAAAACAACGAACGCGGCAUACAAAAGUCCAGGUUCACCGGGCGUCACUUUCAUGGACGCGAGCGCGACGUCAUCCCCGAGCUCACUGACGGAAGAGAUGCGUUUACUCAGGGAAGCUAUCACCACUGUCUGCACGGAAAUGAAGUCCCUGAGAGAAGAGGUCGUGAAGUUGAACUCAGUCAUCGGCGAGGUCAAUAAGCGCAUGGAUACUGUCGAGCUACGUGUGACGGCGGUCGAAGAAAAGCUCAACGCGCACGCGACUGCCCGCGCGCAGGACCCGGCGGUCACUGAGCUUAUCGCGCAACUAAAAUCCGAACUAAAUGACCGGGAGCAGGAAAACCUGCUCAAUGAUAUACAAAUAGCGGGCCUGCCCGAGACGAGCGGCGCGGUGUUGAUACUGUAGGCAUCACAGACGGCCCGCCGCGGCGCAUCUACAUCAAUGAGCACCUAACAAAAAUUAACCGCGCUCUGUUCUAUAAAGCCCGCGAGGAGGCACGUCGU